CCAUCCUUGGGAGACUGUCACCAAGGCUGCUAUGCAGAAGUACCCCAACCCCAUGAACCCCAGUGUGUUUGGGGUGGAUGUGUUGGACCGUAGCGUGGACACGCGGGGACGCCUGCACAGCAACAGACUGCUCAGCGCUGAGUGGGGCCUGCCCUCCAUCGUCAAAUCAGUAAGUGUUUUUUUUUUUUUUUUCUUUCAGUAGAAAUACAAAACGUAGGCCUAUUAGAGGUUCUAUAUAUGUCUGGACGAAAGACAGGAUCUAUCACAGUAGAUUCUACUUUAGCAACAUAGUAGUAAGCAGUGAGCGUCAUACUAGCCUUUUCGUUCAGUGUUGGGCAUUUUCUGUGCAAUAGCCAUAGAAAUAGAAAAUUAAAUGUUUGUCAUGCAAAUGCUUCAUAAAAUGAAAGUACUGCUAGACAGUUUCUUCGACUGGACAACAAACUGCUGUUUCAAACCUUUCAACUGCUGUGUCACAAACAAAACAAAAGUGGGGUGUCAUGGUUUGAGACUCCUCCUGGUAGACUUCUCCUCUAGUAGCCUCAGUCAGUGUUAUUUGAGUUCAUAGCCUCACAGCCAUAGAUCUCAGUUACACAUUCUCACACUCUCUGCUUCUUCCAUUAUGCAGUACUUGACCUUACCCCAUUGGCCCCCAGUACUCCCAGCCGUAGGGUGCUAUUCCUGGGUGGGGGGGGGGGGGGGGUAAGAGCAAUAGGCACUGCCCGUGGCACGAGACUGUAUUGCUCUACGUCUGGCACAUACUGUCCUGAACAAGCUGGUGCCAUUCCUGUUCCUAGUGUCCUGGCAGUACAGAGCUACCCCUAUAAAACAUAAUCCUGUCUGCUCGGUACAGAACUGUCCCUAUAAAACACAACCCUCUUAUCGUUGAUGUAACAGGCAUACCUCUAACUAUGCUGCCAGGGGCCUACUCAGAGGUUGCUUUGAAUGGUUUCCAGUCUCAUCACGAUGUUCUUGUCUGGGGUAGCUAUUAAACACUGUCCGUAAUUAGUUUGCUCUUUGCUGCACAUGCAAAUUGCCACGAUUACAGUUAUGACUAUGAAGGCAUGCAAAUUGCCACGAUUACAGUUAUGACUAUAAAGGCAUUGUAAAAGAUUCAGUGAUUAGAUUAAUUUAAUCUUGAUUUAUUGACAGUAUUAAAUGACAGUUCAUACAUCUCAUUCCUCCGUUUUUUGAAUAAUCUUCCUAUUAUUCAUCCUUUUGAAAUGAGGUCAUCUCCAGAGCUCUGUUCUGACCCAUAGUCCAGUUGUAUGGAAGCAUUAACCACUGUCCUUUCAUCUCAGAACCAGGGCUGUCGCGAGAGACUACUCAACUCUGCCUUUGGUUUAGCUCCUGGGAGGGAAGGUCGGCAGACUGCUACUAAUAUCACGGCUAAGUCCUUUGACAGUCUUGCUCCUCCACCGACCAAAUCAUGGACGGGACACAGUCUCCUGGGCUCCGAUUCAAAAAGCUUCUCAGAGUAGGAUUGCUGCUCUAGGAUCAGGUUCCCCUUGUCCAUGUAAAUCUAAUUUUAUUAUGAUCUGAAAGGGAAAAGUGAUACUAGACGAAGCACUACUGCUCAGACGUUUGGUGACCACCGUGCCCUGAUCUACACAAUUGCUAUCAAUAUCACUGCUAAGUCCUUUUUUUUAAAAGUCUAGCACAAAAACCGUCCAAAAUCACUGACGGGGCAUAGAUGUCGUCGGGUAAUCUCUGAGACUGCCAAUAAACUGAGACAGCAAAUAUGACCUUCAGAAAAGAACAAGAUUAUAAGUGAGUGGACGGUUAAAUUAACACCCUUUGAACUUGUGAAGGUUCCCUGUUGGAGUGAAGGAGGCCAAGUCUACAGUAGAUUACAGAGAAACCAGAUUAACCAAUCUGUUAGAUCCAGCACUGUCUGACCUGUCCAUAGACGUGUCCCAUAUACCUAGCUAGUACACAAAGGAAACUGUCUGAUACAUGUGUUGAGUUCAGUACAGUAUGAAUACUGUGUCUUGGGGACACUCUGUACUCCGUCAGGACAUUUGAAUGACACUAAACAGGCCGGGCCUGGUGCUUUGAUCAUGUGGGUUCUAUUGUAUUGUUUCUCUCUCCAGAUCAUUGGCAGAACACAGACGUGCACGUACAUCCAGGAGCAUUCUGUAGUGGACCCCGUUGAAAGGACAUUCGAGCUUCAAUCUUCAAAUGUGAGUUCUGAAACGUUUUAUGAUUUCAGCAUAAUGUUGUAUAUAAUACAUGUUGACAUUGAGACAUACACCGAGUGUACUAAACAUUAAGAGUACCUGCUCUUUCCAUGACACAGACUGACCAGAUGAAUCCAGGUGAAAGCUAUGACCCCUUAUUGAUGUCACUUGUUAAAUCCACUUCAAUCAGUGUAGAUGGAGGAGACAGGUUGAAGAAGGAUUUUUAAGCCUUGAGACAUGGAUUGUGUAUGUGUGCCAUUCAGAGGGUGAAUGGGCAAGGCAAAAUAUUUAAAUGCCUUUGAACGUGGUAUGGUAGUAGGUGCCAGGCGCACCGGUUUGUGUCAAGAACUGCUACACUGCUGAGUUUUUCCCGCUCAGCACUUUCCCGUGUGUAUCGAGAAUAGUCCACUACCCAAAGGACAUCCUGCCAACUUGACACAACUGGUAAAAAUUGGAGUCAACAUGGGCCAGCAUCCCUGUGGGAUGCUUUGUUCAUGUGUCGACGAAUUGAGGCUGUUCUGAUGUCUCCAUAACCUCAGGAAGUAGAGGGCAUUCUGCUGCCAUGUCUCCCUGUCUCCAUUACCUCAGGAAGUAGAGGGCAUUCUGCUGCCAUGUCUCCCUGUCUCCAUAACCUCAGGAAGUAGAGGGCAUUCUGCUGCCAUGUCUCCCUGUCUCCAUAACCUCAGGAAGUAGAGGGCAUUCUGCUGCCAUGUCUCCCUGUCUCCAUGACCUCAGGAAGUAGAGGGCAUUCUGCUGCCAUGUCUCCCUGUCUCCAUAACCUCAGGAAGUAGAGGGCAUUCUGCUGCCAUGUCUCCAUAACCUCAGGAAGUAGAGGGCAUUCUGCUGCCAUGUCUCCCUGUCUCCAUAACCUCAGGAAGUAGAGGGCAUUCUGCUGCCAUGUCUCCAUAACCUCAGGAAGUAGAGGGCAUUCUGCUGCCAUGUCUCCAUAACCUCAGGAAGUAGAGGGCAUUCUGCUGCCAUGUCUCCCUGUCUCCAUAACCUCAGGAAGUAGAGGGCAUUCUGCUGCCAUGUCUCCAUAGCCUCAGGAAGUAGAGGGCAUUCUGCUGCCAUGUCUCCAUAGCCUCAGGAAGUAGAGGGCAUUCUGCUGCCAUGUCUCCAUAACCUCAGGAAGUAGAGGGCAUUCUGCUGCCAUGUCUCCCUGUCUCCAUAGCCUCAGGAAGUAGAGGGCAUUCUGCUGCCAUGUCUCCCUGUCUCCAUAGCCUCAGGAAGUAGAGGGCAUUCUGCUGCCAUGUCUCCAUAGCCUCAGGAAGUAGAGGGUAUUCUGCUGCCAUGUCUCCAUAGCCUCAGGAAGUAGAGGGCAUUCUGCUGCCAUGUCUCCAUAGCCUCAGGAAGUAGAGGGUAUUCUGCUGCCAUGUCUCAAUAGCCUCAGGAAGUAGAGGGCAUUCUGCUGCCAUGUCUCCCUGUCUCCAUAGCCUCAGGAAGUAGAGGGCAUUCUGCUGCCAUGUCUCAAUAGCCUCAGGAAGUAGAGGGCAUUCUGCUGCCAUGUCUCCCUGUCUCCAUAACCUCAGGAAGUAGAGGGCAUUCUGCUGCCAUGUCUCCCUGUCUCCAUAACCUCAGGAAGUAGAGGGCAUUCCAUUCUCUGCCAUGUCUCCAUAGCCUCAGGAAGUAGAGGGCAUUCUGCUGCCAUGUCUCCAUAGCCUCAGGAAGUAGAGGGUAUUCUGCUGCCAUGUCUCCAUAACCUCGGGAAGUAGAGGGCAUUCUGCUGCCAUGUCUCCCUGUCUCCAUAACCUCAGGAAGUAGAGGGCAUUCUGCUGCCAUGUCUCCAUAACCUCGGGAAGUAAAGGGCAUUCUGCUGCCAUGUCUCCCUGUCUCCAUAACCUCAGGAAGUAGAGGGCAUUCUGCUGCCAUGUCUCCAUAGCCUCAGGAAGUAGAGGGUAUUCUGCUGCCAUGUCUCCAUAACCUCAGGAAGUAGAGGAAAUUCUGCUGCCAUGUCUCGCUGUCUCCAUAACCUCAGGAAGUAGAGGGCAUUCUGCUGCCAUGUCUCCCUGUCUCCAUAGCCUCAGGAAGUAGAGGGCAUUCUGCUGCCAUGUCUCCAUAACCUCAGGAAGUAGAGGGCAUUCUGCUGCCAUGUCUCCCUGUCUCCAUAGCCUCAGGAAGUAGAGGGCAUUCUGCUGCCAUGUCUCCAUAGCCUCAGGAAGUAGAGGGCAUUCUGCUGCCAUGUCUCCCUGUCUCCAUGACCUCAGGAAGUAGAGGGCAUUCUGCUGCCAUGUCUCCAUAGCCUCAGGAAGUAGAGGGCAUUCUGCUGCCAUGUCUCCAUAACCUCAGGAAGUAGAGGGCAUUCUGCUGCCAUGUCUCCAUAACCUCAGGAAGUAGAGGGCAUUCUGCUGCCAUGUCUCCAUAACCUCAGGAAGUAGAGGGCAUUCUGCUGCCAUGUCUCCAUAACCUCAGGAAGUAGAGGGCAUUCUGCUGCCAUGUCUCCAUAGCCUCAGGAAGUAGAGGGCAUUCUGCUGCCAUGUCUCCAUAACCUCAGGAAGUAGAGGGCAUUCUGCUGCCAUGUCUCCAUAACUUCAGGAAGUAGAGGGCAUUCUGCUGCCAUGUCUCCCUGUCUCCAUAGCCUCAGGAAGUAGAGGGCAUUCUGCUGCCAUGUCUCCCUGUCUCCAUAGCCUCAGGAAGUAGAGGGCAUUCUGCUGCCAUGUCUCCCUGUCUCCAUAACCUCAGGAAGUAGAGGGCAUUCUGCUGCCAUGUCUCCCUGUCUCCAUAGCCUCAAGAAGUACAUUUACAUUUUAGUCAUUUAGCAAACGCUCUUAUCCAGAGUGACUUACAGUUAGUGAGUGCGUACAUUUUUCAUACAGGCCCCCCGUGGGAAUCGAACCCACAAUCCUGGCGUUGCAAGCGCCAUGCUCUACCAACUGAGCUACAGGAGGCAUUCUGCUGCCAUGUCUACCUGUCUCCAUGGCCUCAGGAAGUAUGGGUGCUGAGGGUGCUGCAGCACCGUCCGAAAAAUCGGAAUAAAAAAAAAAUUAAUUAAUUUAAAAGAUAUAGAUUUUUAGAAACAAAUAUUUUUUCACAAAAGUAGUGCACAUAUAAAGUGGGCAAAUAGUAUGUAAACAUUAAAGUUACCAGUCUUCAAUGACUAUGUACAUAGAGCAGCAGUCUCUAAGGUUCAGGGCAGGCUACUGGGUCGAGGCCGGCUAGUGGUGACUGUUUUAACAGUCUGAUGGCCUCGAUAGAAGCUGUUUCUCAGUCUCUCGGCCUCAGGGGGGUGCAACUCAAUAUUAGGAAGGUGUUCUUAAUGUUUUGUACACUCAGUGUUUAUCUGUUUCAUAGGUGACAUGUUGUAGACCUAUAGCCUAGCUGUUCCAUUAGAAUAUAUAUAUAUAUUUUAAAAAAUUUACCAGACCUGUAACCAUUUACAAAACAUGCUCUGUUUUGAAGAAUCUGAAACUCUGGAAGCUGUCUUGAUCUAAUUUCCAAUAGCAGAUGAGUGUGUCUCAGAACUGAGGAACCCUUAAUGCAAUGAGUCAAGUGGUAAAACAUUUCUGGAAGGAGGUUUACCUUGUUCUAUACUAACCAAAAAUAUAAAAGAAACAUGCAACAAUUUCAAUGAUUUUACUGAGUUACAGUUCAGAUAAGGAAAUUAGUCAAUUGAAAUAAAUAAAUUAGGCCCAAAUCUAUGGAUUUCAAAUGACUGGGCAGGUGUGGCCUACCCACUGGGGAGCCAGGCCCAGCCAAUCAGAAUGAGUUCUUCCCCACAAAAGGGCUUUAUUACAGACAGAAAUACUCAGCUGGUCUGACGAUCCCGCAGGUGAAGAAGACUGAUGUGGAGGUCCUGGGCUGGCGUGGUUACACAUGGUCUGCGGUUGUGAAGCCGGUUGGAUAUACUGCCAAAUUCUCUAAAACGACGCUGGAGGUGGCUUAUGGUAGAGAAAUGAACAUUCAAUUCUCUGACAACAGCUCUGGUGGACAUUCCUGCAGUUAGCAUACCAAUUGCAUGCUUGCUCAACUUGAGACAUCUUUGGCAUUGUGUUGUGUGACCAAAACAGCACAUUUUAGUGGCCUUUUAUUGUCCCCAGCACAAGGUGCACCUGUGUAAUGAUCAUGCUGUUUAAUCAGCUUCUUAAUAUGCCACAUCUGUCAGGUGGAUGGAUUAUCUUGGCAAAGGAGAAAUGCUCACUAACAGGGAUGUAAACACAUUUGUGCACAGAAUUUGAGAGAAAUAAGCUUUUUUUGCAUAUGGAAAAUGACUGAUAUUUUAUUUCAGCUCAUAUUUUUGUUCAGUAUAGUUCACAGUAAUUUAGUGUAAAUGUGUAUAUUACAUUGAACCCUGAACAUGUCUAAUGCUGUCUGCCUUUAUGAUUAUCUCUCUCUGCAGAUCACAUUCACUAACAUGGUGUCAGUGGAUGAGAAGCUUACAUACAGACCACACCCUGAUGACCCAGAGAAGUAAGUACAGUCAGACAAGUAAGGCUUUACUAACUUUGUGCCAUGUUUACAGUGUAUCGGGCUACUUGAAAUGGGAGAUGUCAAACUCAGUGUGACUUCCCUGGUUAAAUGAAGGAUAAAUGCAUUACAUAAAUAUAUUUUAAUAUCUAAUUCUCCACUCUUGUCUGUGCAGGACGAUAUUGACCCAAGAAGCUCUCAUCUCAGUCAAAGGGGUCAGUCUGAGUAGCUACCUUGAGGGAGUUUUGGCUAGCACCAUCUCUGCAAACGCAGGCAAGGUACGUGAUCUCGGUCUACUCCUCACCUACCCAGAUGGCUGGUUAGAGAAACACUUGUAUCUGCAUGUAGUUUGAAAAACGAAUUGUAUGAUGUCCAUGAUAGCUUGGUCUCAGAUCUCUUUGCACUGUAUAGCCUACACCUAUGCUCAUGUUUGGCAUGAAAACUACCAUAGACGCUAUACAACACAACCAGAUCCGGCACCAGGCUAUGUCCUUUAGAACUCCGAGAUCAUUUAUACCGUUAUUUUUUAUUUAUUUAUUUUUUUCCCCUUCUAAUUUGACUCCUCUCCUCUUCCUCCAUCAGGGUCGUGAGGCGAUGGAGUGGGUGAUCAGGAAGCUAAAUGCAGAGAUCGAAGAGUUGGCAGCUGCAGCCCGCGGCACCAUGAGGACGCCCAUGGCUGCUGCUAUGACUGCAGAGAAAUGAUACAUCCUCCACCCUCUGCAUUCCCAGUCUGGGGACAUUGUUCUUCUGUGCCAGAACAGACUCCACCUCCCGUUGUGCUGCUCUGAUUCUCAUUAACUGGCCAGCCAGGCAUCACAUCUCCAAGUUUGAUUACAAUUCAAGUACUGUAUUUAUUAUUAAUAUUUAUUAUUAUUAUUUAAGUACUAACUGAAAUGAAGGGAACAACGGUAAUCCUAAUAUAUCUAUUUUUGAAAAUUUUUAUAGAAAAAAUAAACUCCUAGAGGACCAUCUCAAAUGCAGUGUCUGUUGGAGUAGAAUCUAAAUAUGCUCAGUUGCUCUGUGCCCAAGAUGGAGACUAGAGCAGGGUCAUGCUAUGUUAUGCCAUUAUUAUUAGAAUGCACUAGUACUAGGUAAUAGCCUCAGGGACAGUGUAAAAUAUAGAGGACGGUUCAGAGAGUAACAACUUGGUUCUGUACCGAACUUGAUGGACAGUGCUAGCCUGGUCCCAGAGUUGGCAAGAGAGCACAAAC